AUGUCUAGCUGGAGAUGCUUUUUUCCUGUCCCUCAGGGUUUCCUCAUAGAGAACAAGCUGCUGAGCCUGCUCCUUCCCCUGGAGAAGAGCGAGUGCUACCUGCUGAGGCUGGAUGCCAUCUUCUCAGCCCUUGGAAUUGAAAGUGAGGAUGACUUGUAUAAACUGGUGAACUUCUUCCUUAAAUACCGAGCUCAUCUUUCAUCCUCCAGCCAGAUCACCACCGGGAAUCCAGCCACCAUGGAGAAGACAAGCUUGGUGUUGGCGUUGGAGAUGGCAGAACAGACAGAGCUGGAGGGAGGAAAGGAGGAAAGCCUCGUGGAUGGGGAGCCGGAGGAGGAGGGGGAGCCGGAGGAGAAGGUGGAGCAGGAAAAAGAGAUCCCACCUUCUCCUAGGCUCAUCCACCCCAAUGACGUCCUCAAGAUUCUGGAGGCCUUUGUCAAGGGUCUGAAGAAGCCCAGGGACUUUCGGGCACCACUGAGAGUGCUGAAGGGCGUGCGAGAUGACUCAAAGGACUCUGAGUACUGGAAGGCCCUGACCACGGUUAUCCCCUCUGCCAGGCAGAGCCUCUGGGAUGCUCUCUACACAGCCUUGGAGAAAUACCACCAUGUCCUGACCCAGAGGGCCAAUCUGCUGAUGGAAAACGAGUCUCUGGAGCAGCAGAACACAGAGCUCCAGAUGCUGCUUCAGCAGUAUCUGGCCUCCAAGAUAAACUCUGAACUGCAAGUUCCUCCAACUCAGGUGUUCCGGGUCCCCACAAAACAGAGCCGGACCCUAGAAAGCUGAUGUGUUGACACUGACGCUGGUGCUAGAACUGGCACCUGUCACAAUGAGGCAGUAUCCUGCAGUAAUGAUGAACCUGUAUCCUGAAGUUGUGAUUAAAGUCUUUUAAAAGUUG